AUGGAGGAAGAACAGCAAGUUGAGCUGUUACAUCAGCUCGACAAUGCCCUCCAAGCCAGGCUCCGUCCCAGGGAGGAGGCCGUGAUGGUCCGGAAGCUUAUGGCAGCGCAACUUGCACAAAGCGUUGGCAGUGAUCAGCUGCAGCAUCCACUAGCACUCAUCGACUAUGACGCCAAAGUGACAGAGUCAGCUGAACUACGGGGUCGCCAGGGGGACUUCGUUGAAGCUGUGAAACGAGGUGUUGACGAAUACAAGAGAUUCGCCUCGCUCCUUGCCCAGCAGCAGGACUUAGCGGACCAGGCGCAGCAGCAAAAGCAGCGCGAGGACGAGCUGAAGGAGAACGACAGCCAGAUCUUGGAUCUGCAUCUCGAGGUGGCGCGACUGCAGAAGCGAUACGAUCGCCUGCAGGUUGUACGCAAGACCCUCGACGAGCUUCAGAAGCAGCCUGCGGGAGCGCCCGACUUCCUGGACCCGGACAUUAUGUACAAGGACUGCGCGCCACUUCCCGAGAUGCCCAAGGAGAUGGUCGAGGGAUUUGCGACCGACCACUCGGGCACCGACACGGAGGCCGAGGCGCUGCUGCAGAACCUGAAGAAGACGGUCCUGCGCAGCAAGCUCAUCGCCCAGCGCGAGCAGAGGCAGUACGACCGCGAGCAGGCCCAGAACCCGUUUGACCCAAGCACGCUGCCGCCGCCCGCCAAGCUGCAUGCGCUCAACGCCGUCAAGAACACUCUGAUCAGCUGGAUAGAAACGCAACUGAGCAAGGCCGGUGACGACGGUGCCGACUCAGAAGUCGAGGACACCGAGAGGCCUUCCGCUUCCAAAGUGCAGUAUGACCACGAUGCCGUGAUGGAGGACAUCCAGGCCAAAUACCAGACGCACCUCGCGUUACGGAAGCAAAUUCUCGGUCUACUUGCCCAGGCAGAGCAAAUCAAGGCCCCGAAAGUACACGAGGCGAAGCCAAGGCCCAAAUCGCAAAACGCGCCAGUCUCCAAGCCAGAGCCAUCGGCAUAUCUGCUCACGCCUUACAUUGAGCAGCUGCAGGCCCUGUCCCGAGAGCAGAAGUCGACAAUCCAGGAGAAGUCCCACAUCAACGCCAGCCUUGGGAAGCAGCGCGAACACACCCAGCAGGCGCUGGAUCAUCUAACCCAGGAGAGCCAGCUGCUUCCCAGGUAUCCUGUCGCCAAGGAGCCCUCCAAGUCGAGCACCAGCUUCGAUCAGGCGACCCGGUCGAGCAGCAGGAUAGAUAUCAUGCGGCAGAUACAGCCGUGGAUUUACGCCGCGGAUUCGGCCAAGAUUGCCACUCUAGAGACCGUCGCCGAAAAGGUGGAAGAGGGCAUGAUGUCGAUCGAAGAGUCGCGGCAGAAUCUGGAAGAGGUCUGCAAGCUAUUCAACAUUAACCUGCAAGAAUUCGUGGGCAAGGAGGGAGAGAAUAGGGGUACUGAAGGCGAUGUAGAGCACGAUCUGGUUAGCCCGAGGAAGGGGCAUGAAAAGAAGAAGAGCGAGGUCGAGCCGCCGAAGACCGUCUGGGACAUCUUGGAUGGCAAUCUUGGGUCUAUCAACGAAUGA